AUGCAGCAUAUUGGCGUUUCCAUAGUGGUCUUGUGCUGUUUUAUAGCACAGGGUGCUUGGGCAACUCAAGGGGCUCAGGAUGGUGACGCUGCUGCUGCCGCCGCUGAGCAGACAGUUUCACUGGUUCCGCGAACCCUAAGGCAGGAAUGUCACUUUUUGAAGGAAUUGUUGAAUGUAGAUCCAUUUAACAGGGAUGCUAGCCGUGGGAACACAGAGUUGCUUGCGGAUGCGAAGCAAAAAACAAAUGUUGUUGCAAUAAGAGGCGAACUUACGUUGUUGAAGGCUAUGAUUGAUUUUGAGAUGGGCGUUUUCACCGAAAAGGCUAGCGAAGAAGCUUCUGUGCCGAAAUACAAAGGUCUCAACCGUUAUCUAUUUGUAAAGGGCCUCAUUAAUUCCAUGGCAAAGAAGUUUGAGUCAUUGAAACGGUUUUUAGAACCUCCUGUCGUUGAUACGCCCGAACAUCUUAAAGCGAAUUUGAUUAAAUUAAAUUUCGCUAAAGAAAAUGAAAUUAAAGGAGAAUUGACUCUUGAGUAUCUGAAUAAAAUCUUACAAGUCUUUUACGAACAUGACGGCCCAAUUGUGCGCUUAUAUAAACUGUUCCGUGCAUACGAGUCUGAAAGAACGAAGGAGGAUCCACUCUCUUCUAAAUCAAACCCUCUUAGUACAUUUUUUGACGACGCAGGAAAUGAAGGCGAUGCGUUGAGCGAGCUAGACAAAGCUAAUGCCGCAAUGGAGAUAAUUGUUCCUCGUCUUAUCAGCGUGCCGUCUCCCUCACCUGCUGACAGUAAUGACCGCUCUACCAAUGAGGAAAGGGUAGUAACAGAUCCUGUUUCGGGACCAAAUGGUGAAAUCGGCCAUCUCAGCGACGCUGGUAGAACUACCGUUGGACCUGUUCAGCAGGAGGAAAGGCAGAGUGAAGCACCUGCACCAAUAGUUCAAGUACGCGAGUCGCCGUUAACACCUGGGGAGGCAGUAUCCUCAACUGGUAUUGAAGAACGCAGGGAGCAACCUGCUUCACGAACACAGGAAGGACGUGAUAGCAGGACUUCAGCUCCGUCUACAUCGGAGACUCCCUCAUUGAGGACUGCUACUGGUGAAAAGUCGCCGCAGAAGGCUUCUUCCGCUUUUGACCCGUUUAUAACGGUGCUUCUCCUCGCAAGCACAAUCUUCGCAUUUUAG